AUUUGUCUAUAUUUUGUUCUAAGUGUUGUGAGAUAUGAGAUAUGAUAUUAAUAUACGUAAAUUUGACGUAAGAAAGUAGUUGUAGAAAUCAAAAAAUAUAUUAUUAAAUAAAAUGCUUAUUGAUGGAAAGAAGGUCUUGAAAGCUUUGCGAGAGCUAGUAGCGCCGUCCACCCCGCAGGAAAUUGCGCAGCAUAUAGCAAAGAAGCGUAAAAGACAGCCAGAUCUCAAAAAACUAGAACAAGAAGUAAUAGAGGCGCUGUCGGGUGGCCGAAAAUUUGGUUUCGUGGAAAUGUGCAAUGGAUAUUAUUAUAAUUUAGAAGAUAGCGAAAAAGGGCUAAAACUUAUUGAAAAUGAAGGAAAUAAAAAAAGGAAGCUGCUUCGAAACCUCAUAUUGACUGACUCUGAUAGUAGUGACAAUAUUAUAACUUUCUUAAAAAAGCGUAAAAGGAGUUAUUGUGGCCAUUCUUUUAAUAAGAAAAAGCCACUUUAUUUGCCACCAAAGAAACGUAAACGUCGACAUAUUUCGACAACACUAGAUCAGACAAUGUCGUCAGUUAUUCCGGAAGCAACUCAUUUCAUGCAUUCAAGCAGCGUAAGAUGCGUUGCUUCUGGUGAAAAGAAGUCUAUCUACAGUGAUGUUGCAAAGUAUGACCUUAUAAUGGGCGCAGAGAUGGCUAAAGCAAAAAUCGAUGUAAUUAUUGAUAAAAUUUCAGAAAACUAUUCGGGUUUUAGCAAGAACCACCGUACCUGCGAAAGUUCAAAACAAAAUGAUCAGAAUCCAAUUGCUUCUUUUGCUUUAAGAGAAGCUGCUACUGUUGUCAAUUGUAAAUUAGAUGAAAUUGUUGAUAACAUUGUGUCAUGUUUUGAACAACAAAAUAUUGCUGCCAAAAAAAGUAAGAAAUUUCUUCAAUUUAUACCCAGUGACUUCAGUAUUUCUUCUACCAAUGAAAUUCUUUCUAAAAUGAGUGUUCAGAACUACCUUAAGGAACACGAUGGUGCUCAAAACUCUAAGCAGUUAAUGAACAGAGUCAUCAAAAUGGGUUCAUCCACAAAACCAUCAAAACCGUAUAGAAGCUCUACUUUAGUCACUCGUGAUAUUAGAGACAGAGCUUCCAAAUAUGGUGUGAAUAGUAGUGAAUCGGCGACUGAGUAUAUUUUUCAUUGUACUGAUAUGAACCUGAAUCUGACUUCAGAUAGCGAAUCUGAAGAUGAAGAUAUAGCAAUUUCAGAACUUAGUAACGCACAGCUUAAAAAAGGGCAAGUCAAUUUCGAAAACGUAGCUAAUGAAGAAGUUUUAAUGGAUUAUAUGGCAUUGCCUGCAAGUGGAUCGGCAGGUGUGCGUGGCAUGCUUCAGAUGCAAAACAGUUUUCAAGUGACUAAUCCACGCCAUGGCCUGAAUAAUUCUGCGGAAGCCGAAACUAAACCGGAAGGCGUCAGAUACAUAUGGCAUGAAUAUGACUUCUGUCCACGUUGUUGGUUUGAAAAUCACAAGUGCAAAUGUGAUUUAGGAAAAAUACAUUAAAAACUUUUUGGACAAAACCGAAAUUUAUUGUACUCGUAAUUAAGAAAUCUUCAAAUUCCAAAUUUAUUGCUAUUCUAUCAAUCAGUUGUUAAUCAAUUUGCCUAAAUUUUAUUAUAUUUUCGGUCAUAUUUUAUUUAUGUAAUAAAAAAACGCAAUUAUUGCAUCUGCAUAU